AUGCUAAAAAUUAAUAUUGCGAUAGAUGGUUCAGUGGGUUCGGGGAAAACCACUAUUGGUCGAUUAUUAGCCGAAAGGCUAAAUUACCAGUUUUUAGAUAGUGAAAAGAAUAAAGAAAAAACGGUCUCUAAUUUAGAAAAAGAACGUCAACAACUUAGUUCACCAACGAUUAGUGAUUUAGCCUCUCGGUUGUCUCCGCAACCCGAAUUGCGGAAAAUCAUUUUGGAAUUUCAACGGAAAUUAGUUCGGGAAAAGGGUUGGGUAGUAGUAGGACGGGAUAUUACUUCCGAAGUUUUGCCAGAGGCUAAAAUUAAAGUUUUUCUGACUGCUAGUUUAGAAGAGAGAACCAAACGAAGGAAUACCCAAUAUAAAGAAAAAUUAAGUUCUGAGGAAGUGAGAAAGGAAUUACAAGAAAGAGAUGAGCGAGAUAAAGAGAGAAAGAUUUCUCCGCUGAUAAAAACACCUGAUAGUUGGGAAUUAGACACUACUCAUUUAUCUCCACUUGAAAGUGUGGAAAAAAUAGUUCAGCAGAUAGAGAAAAAAUCUCUUUGA